GGGGGGACUACUGUAAAAAUGAUUUCCUGUCUGUUUGUCUAUUUAUUUUGUUCAAUAUUGAUAGUAUUUUUCUACACUCUGUGAUUCCAUACAUCUUGGGCUGAUGCUCUUUGAUGCUCUCUUUUGCCCCUGUCUUGUGCUCUUCCAGCUGAGAAGCAUGUUGGUGAAGGGUCUGGUUGAGGUGGGCUCCUCAUAAGUGAUGUUUGAGUUUGGUCUUAAAGACUGAAAAGGAUGUCAUGAGAUGGAGCUGUGCUUUCUUUACUCCCUAACAGUAUGGCUAAUGAUUAGAUGGUGUACUAUACUGGAAGGGAUUGCUGGUCUAAAAAGAAAAGCAUUACUUUUUUAGCUAAAAAUGUAGUCAUUUUAUUUUUAACAUUACCUAGUUCUUCAUUUUAGCUCCAUUUGGAGCUCCAUUUGGAAAUUUAAGGUUCCAAACAAGUGUUGAAACUCAGAGUUCAAUGUAAGCAUUCUGUCUGUAUCAAAGAGUUGAGUCAUUUUUAGUAAGAGGUGAAUGGCCAGGCCCAAGACAGUAGAAAAAUAAGUCCCCGUUUUUGUAAGUUUCCCUGGAAGCAUCUAUACCACAGGGCUUCUAUGCAUAUGGGUCCUUCUGAAACCUUCUGAAACCUGGCUCUACUUGUAGCACAGGCAUUCACAGAAUGUUUUCUUUAAACUGAACUGCGCUUUUCUCAUUAUAAGUUUUCUGAAUGUUUAUUAUUCAAAAGGUCAAGUAACUACGACCUCUAUUCUUUUAAACCAAGUCAUCUAUUUUCUUCCCGGUUGGCAUUUUCUUUACCCAGUGCCCUUCUGUCGUGCAACAAAUUUGGGGAAAGAUUGCUCCCCAGAUUUCUACAUUCAGACAUAACAGGUUUAGUUGGUCAUUGUUUUAGUAGACUACUUUUCGUGAAUUAGUAUGUAAUAUUUUCCUUAUUUUUCACUGUCCUACCUUUUUAAGUGGAAUCAAAAUCAAGUGUCAGUCCACUGGGAUGUAUUGUAGUCAUCUGGUAAUGAUUUGAAAAAAAAUUUCCCACACAAAUUAAAUGAAGACCAGGAGUUUUAAAGUACACUAUAGCAUCUUGUAUAAACUCCAGCUUACAUUUCACAUUAUUCCUGGUCAUGCAGUAGGUUCUGAAGAAAAAAGAACUAUGGAUAAUCAGUUAAAAGAAUGACAGAUUCCCUGAUGUGCUGAUCAGUAGUAAUACCUAAUUUUGAUUUCGAGUGUGCUAUAAUGGAUUACCAUAUAGAUGCAGCUGAGCACUGAGCAUUAAAUAGAGCCAUGUGUUUUUCAGAAAAGUAAUAUUUAUUCACACUGUGUGGCUUUCUUGAAUUUUUUUUAUUUUACUCUCCAGUGAAACUACAAACAAGAUGUCAAUAGCUUAUGUGGCAUUCACAGCAGUAUAGCUUAGAAUAUUGGCUGCAGUAGAAGAAAUGCCAGAUUGCAUUUGCCUCAGUAAAGAAAAUACUGCAAUUUCUACCUGAACGAAUUUUCUUUCGAUGGCAUUACCAGAGUAUAGGCUCAACUUUAAAGAAGCUUCUACACACUGGAAAUUCUGUUAAGAUAAGAUGUGAAGGAAUCAGGCUGUUUCUUUUGUGGCUUCAAGCACUUCAGACAAACUGUGCAGAAGAGCAGGUGCUGAUUUUUGCUUGCCUCGUGCCUGGUUUCCCAGCGGUCAUGUCGUCCAGGGGGCCCUGCACGCUGGAGACGCUCAUCAAUCCUAGCCCUAGUGUAGCUGAUGCAAAGGUUUAUCCAGAAGAAAUUACUCCACUCUUGCCAGCCAUAUCGGGGGAGAAGAUUGCUGAGGACCAAACCUGCUUUUUUCUUCAAAUACUUUUGAAGUAUAUGGUUAUUCAGGCUGCGAGCUUGGAGUGGAAGAAUAAGGAGAAUCGAGAUACCGGUUUUAAAUUUCUUUUCACAUUGUUUCGGAAAUAUUAUCUUCCUCAUUUAUUUCCAUCAUUUACUAAGUUAACAAACAUCUACAAACCUGUGCUUGACAUCCCUCAUUUGAGACCAAAGCCAGUGUACAUUACUACAGUUCGAGACAAUGAAAACAUUUACAGUACAAAAAUUCCCUACAUGGCAGCUCGUGUUGUUUUUAUUAAGUGGAUUGUAACUUUCUUUUUGGAAAAGAAACUAACUACAACACAAAACACUAAAAAUGGAGUUGACGUAUUGCCUAAAAUCAUCCAGUCUGUUGGAGGUGGUGUCGUGCAAGAGAGGGCGCCUGAGUUGGAUGGUGGUGGGCCCACAGAGCAGGACAAAAACCAUUCUAACAGCAGCACCUUGUCCGACCGAAGACUCAGCAAUUCCAGUCUCUGUAGCAUUGAAGAAGAGCACCGAACGGUGUAUGAAAUGGUGCAGCGGAUUCUCUUGUCAACACGAGGUUACAUCAAUUUUGUGAAUGAAGUAUUUCACCAGGCCUUUUUGUUGCCUUCCUGUGAGAUAGGUGUAACAAGAAAAGUAGUUCAAGUGUACAGAAAGUGGAUCCUCCUAGACAAACCUGUCUUCAUGGAGGAACCAGAGAAAAAAGAUGUUGCCCAAGAAGAUGCGGAAAAAUUAGGAUUUUCAGAGACGGAUAGCAAGGAGGCCUCAUCUGAAAGUUCUGGUCAUAAGCGAUCUUCCAGUUGGGGACGCACGUACUCCUUCACAAGUGCAAUGAACAGAGGGUGUGUGACAGAGGAGGACAAUACGAAUGUGAAAGCCGGAGCCCAGGCUCUGAUGCAGGUAUUUUUGACGAACUCUGCAAACGUCUUUUUGUUGGAACCAUGUGCCGAAGUUCCCAUGCUCUUGAAAGAACAAGUUGAUGCUUGUAAAGCUGUUUUGAUUAUUUUUAGGCGUAUGAUAAUGGAGCUUACGAUGAAUAAAAAGACAUGGGAACAGAUGUUGCAAAUACUACUCAGGAUAACAGAAGCUGUCAUGCAGAAGCCAAAGGAUAAACAAAUAAAGGACUUGUUUGCCCAGAGCUUGGCAGGGUUACUAUUUAGGACACUCAUCGUGGCUUGGAUCCGAGCAAACCUCUAUGUGUACAUUUCUCGAGAGCUCUGGGAUGACUUUCUUGGUGUGCUGUCCUCCCUCACGGAGUGGGAAGAACUCAUCAACGAGUGGGCCAGCAUCAUGGACUCCUUGACGGCAGUGCUCGCAAGAACCGUUUAUGGUGUUGAGAUGACAAACCUACCUCUGGAUAAAUUAAGUGAACAAAAAGAAAAGAAGCAACGAGGCAAAGGCUGUGUCCUAGAUUCUCAGAAAGGAACCACUGUGGGCAGAUCCUUUUCUCUCAGCUGGCGGAGCCACCCGGAUGUGACUGAGCCAAUGCGAUUUAGGAGUGCCACCACAUCUGGAGCACCAGGAGUUGAGAAGGCAAGGAAUAUUGUUCGCCAGAAAGCAACUGCUAAGCGAAGCCAGUCUAUCAGCAACUGUGUCCACCUUUCUGAGGCUUUGCCCGCCACUAAAAGCGUCCCGCUCCUCCUUCACACCGUGAGCGCUCUCUUACCUGGUCUCUCUUACUCUUCUUGCUCUCACAGGCUGUCAGAAGUGGAAGAGUGUCAGCAGUUGGAAAAUGCACCUGCAGCUGGAUCUGGCCAUCUCACGGUGGGACAGCCCCAACAGGUCCUUCGGAGCAGCAGCACAUCUGACAUCACUGAGCCACUGUGCUCAGAUUCUUCUCAGGGUCAAAAGGUAGAAAAUGUACAGAAUUUGAGUUCUUCAGAGCCAAAGCCUGUUCAGGAGAACAAAGGACAUGUGAAGAGAGAACAUGAAGGAAUGCCAAUCUUAGUUCGAAGAAGCAGCAGCCCUGCCGAGUUGGAUUUGAAAGAUGAUUUACAGCAGAUGCAAGGAAAAUGUAGGGAAAGACAAAAGAGUGAAAGUACCAGCAGUGACACAGCUCUGGGCUAUAACAAUGAGGCAGAGCUAUGCGCGAGCCCAUGGCAGACCUGCGAGGAAGACCAAGAGCUGAAUACUCCCACAGAUGUUGUGGCUGACUCUGAUGCUCGCCAUUGGUUACAGCUGAGUCCCACGGAUGCUUCAAACUUAACAGAUAGCAGUGAAUGCCUCGCAGAUGACUGUAGUAUCAUUGCUGGGGGGAGCCUCGCUGGUUGGCACCCAGACUCUGCCGCUGUGUUAUGGCGAAGAGUGUUGGGAAUCCUGGGGGAUGUGAAUAAUAUCCAGUCACCCAAGAUCCACGCCAGAGUCUUUGGCUACCUCUAUGAGCUCUGGUACAAACUAGCAAAGAUUCGGGACAAUCUAGCAAUAAGCCUGGAUAACCAGUCUUCCCCAUCUCCUCCCGUCUUGAUCCCACCACUCAGAAUGUUUGCAUCAUGGCUAUUUAAGGCAACGACAUUGCCAAAUGAAUAUAAGGAAGGCAAACUGCAAGCCUACAGGCUGAUCUGUGCCAUGAUGACCAGACGCCAGGACGUUCUGCCAAACUCGGAUUUCCUGGUGCAUUUUUACCUUGUGAUGCACUUGGGAUUAACCAGCGAGGAUCAGGAUAUCUUAAAUACCAUUAUCAGGCACUGUCCACCCCGCUUCUUCUCCCUGGGUUUGCCUGGCUUCUCCAUGCUGGUGGGGGACUUCAUCACGGCCGCUGCCAGGGUCCUCAGUACAGACAUGUUGACGGCGCCUCGUUCAGAAGCUCUCACUAUCCUUGGUUCUCUUGUCUGCUUUCCAAAUACCUACCGGGAGAUCCCUCUAUUGCGGUCAGUGCCGGAAGUGAAUGAGGUCCUUACAGGGACUGAAGAUGUCAAGCUUUACCUCAUAAAUAUUUUGCUGAAGAAUGCCACAAAGGAGCCAAAUGAAUGUGCAAGAUGCAUUGCCAUUUGCUCCCUUGGGGUCUGGAUAUGUGAAGAGCUUGCGCAAUGUACGAGCCAUCCUCAGGUGAAAGAGGCCAUCAAUGUGAUAGGCGUAACUCUGAAGUUUUCUAACAAAACCGUCGCUCAGGUAGCUUGUGAUAUUCUUCAGUUGCUGGUUUCCUACUGGGAAAAACUUCAGAUGUUUGAAACCUCCCUCCCUCGGAAAAUGGCAGAAAUCCUCGUGGCCACAAUUGCUUUUCUUUUACCAAGUGCAGAGUACUCCUCAGUGGAAACAGACAAGAAGUUCAUUGUGUCCUUGCUCCUCUGCCUCUUGGACUGGUGCAUGGCAUUGCCGGUGAACACCCUUCUCCACCCGGUGUCCACAGUGGUCCUCGAGGAGCAGCACUCAUCCAGAGCCCCCUUGCUGGAUUAUAUCUACAGGGUUCUACACUGUUGUGUUUGUGGCUCGAGCACGUACACCCAACAGAGUCACUACACCCUGACGCUGGCUGACUUGUCAUCCACGGAUUACGACCCCUUCCUACCACUGGCAAAUGUGAAGAGUUCUGAGCCAGUCCAGUAUCAUUCAUCAGCAGAAUUGGGUAACCUGCUGACUGUUGAAGAGGAGAAGAAGAGAAGGAGUUUGGAGUUGAUCCCCCUGACUGCCCGAAUGGUGAUGGCCCACCUGGUGAACCACCUGGGACACUACCCCCUCAGCGGGGGCCCUGCCAUGCUGCACAGCCUUGUCAGCGAGAACCAUGACAAUGCCCAUGUGGAGGGCUCUGAGCUGUCCUCUGAGGUGUUCAGGAGCCCAAACCUGCAGCUGUUUGUCUUUAAUGAUAGCACCCUUAUCUCCUACCUUCAGACGCCCACGGAAGGACCCGCAGGCGGAUCACCAGUGGGCGCCCUCUCCGAUGUGAGAGUGAUCGUGAGGGAUAUCUCAGGGAAGUAUUCUUGGGAUGGUAAGGUUUUAUAUGGACCUUUGGAAGGCUGCUUAGCACCCAAUAGAAGAAAUCUUUCAUUCCUGAUUUCGGGCUGGCAUAAUCACACAUUUGGACCUCAGAAAGAUUUUUCUCAAAUUGAGGAGGGAGAUGAUGCCCUUGACAAAUUACUUGAAAACAUCGGCCACACAAGUCCUGAAUGCCUUCUACCAUCACAGCUAAAUCUAAAUGAGCCUUCCCCACCCCCACGUGGAAUGAACUGUGACCAAGAGAAGGAAAUCAUUGAGGUCAUUUUGCGCCAAAGUGCUCAGGAAGAUGAGUAUGUCCAGAGAUGUAACUCUGAUUCUUCGAUGAAAGUCACCAGCCAAGGACAGCCCUCACCAGUGGAGCCCCAAGGACCCUUUUAUUUCUGCAGGUUGUUGCUCGAUGACUUGGGGAUGAAUUCUUGGGACAGAAGGAAGAAUUUUCAUCUGUUGAAGAAAAAUUCAAAAUUAUUGAGAGAGCUAAAACAUCUGGACUCCCGUCAGUGCCGUGAGACACACAAAAUCGCAGUGUUUUAUAUUGCUGAAGGUCAAGAAGACAAGUGUUCAAUCCUCUCCAAUGAAAGAGGAAGCCAAGCAUAUGAAGAUUUUGUUGCUGGACUUGGAUGGGAGGUGGAUCUCUCAACCCACUGCGGGUUCAUGGGCGGCCUCCAGCGCAACGGCAGUACUGGGCAGACGGCCCCUUACUAUGCUACCUCGACCGUGGAAGUGAUUUUCCACGUUUCUACUCGGAUGCCAUCAGACUCAGAUGAUUCACUCACCAAAAAGCUCCGUCACUUGGGGAAUGACGAGGUCCACAUCGUCUGGUCUGAACACUCCAGGGACUACCGCAGGGGCAUUAUCCCAACUGCCUUUGGAGAUGUUUCAAUCAUUAUUUACCCAAUGAAGAAUCACAUGUUCUUUAUCGCGAUAACGAAGAAACCCGAGGUUCCGUUUUUUGGGCCUCUGUUUGAUGGAGCCAUAGUGAGUGGGAAGCUGCUGCCAAGCCUUAUAUGUGCCACUUGCAUCAACGCCAGCAGGGCUGUGAAGUGCCUCAUCCCACUCUACCAGAGCUUCUACGAAGAACGAGCUCUGUACCUCGAAGCAAUAAUUCAGAACCACCGCGAAGUAAUGACAUUUGAGGAUUUCGCAGCCCAAGUCUUUUCUCCUUCUCCCAGCUACUCCCUCAGUGGAAUGGAUUAAAAUCCACAAAGGUCCCGUUACAGUAUCUGAGCAAGGGCCCCUGGCCUCCAGCCCGAGUGCCAACCGCGAGAGCCCAUGGGUAAGGAGGAGACAGAUCAGAGACUCUCCCGCCCUUCCCCGAGCCUGUAAACCCGAGACUCCAGGAAACUUUCUGAAGUCAAAGGUGAAUUCCACUCAAAUGUUUCAGACGGGACUUUCAAACUAGACUGCACCAUCUUGUCCUGAAACCUCACAAGCCUUUGGCUUCCAAAGAAGAAAAGAAGAAGUCACCAGUAACCCGAAGCAAACCCACUUCCACAUGGCCAUGGGUGUGGCUGCUCUAGACACAGCCCAGCAGGAACAGAUUCUGAGCUUUCAGGGAGGGUGCAGAGGGUGAUUUCUGUACCACCAGUUGUCUUCUCUAGUUGAUAAACCCACGUAUGAUUUGUAGAGGGGCUGGCAAACACCUGUUUAAUUGUUUGAGGAAUUUUGUCUGCAUUGAUUUUGCUACUUAUGUUAGGAUUUAUGCUUUACUCAAAAAUUUCAUCAUCGCGGAAAUUGGCUUUCCCCAGGGUCUUUUGCCCAGGAGAACUUUUUCCUCAGUUGUUGAGUGUUUUCCACCUGGUGCCUGUUGCCCACUGAGAAGAGGUUCUCCUGACCACCCAGAGGCCCUCCCGGUCACAACAGUGACGCUCCCAUCCCAGAACACUUAGAAGAUUCUAGAAAACAAGGUCCCGUCCUUGCAAGGGUUCCUGCAGGACAAGAAGUGUCCCAAGGCUCGAAACAGCACAGCACCACAUCAACCUGAAGGGCAUGCGCCAGCUUCAGGUGCUAGGUAGGCCGUGGCGGGCCCUUGUGCGUCCAGAAGCUUCACCCUGCAAUCUCGCUCCUGUCUAUUGCUCAGAGAGGGCCAAGGUGAGCCUUAGAAUGUUUCUUGUCACACAGAGCUUUAGGGAAACAAAUUUCAAGCAAGGGAUUCCAUCCUUAUUUUUUACCAGUUUGGUUCCAAGGAAGGCAUAUUGGGCCUGGUUUUUUUUUUUAAGUAAGAAAGAAGGAAAGAAAACAGAAAGAACGGCAAGCCCUGACUUCUGUCUGGGCUUGCCCGGCUCCCUUGCUGGGAGGCUCUGGGUGGGCCCUACCCACCCAGCAGCAGAGAAGCCAGUCCUCGGGGGAGAGCUGAUUGGCUCAGGCCUCUGCUGCUCUCCUGGCCCUUGACUGGUCUCAGAGCUAGAGGUUUGCUCACCCCCAACUCGGAGGUAAACCCGAGAAAUUCAUGGAGUCCCUCCCCACUGCACAGUCUCUGUUCUCCUGAGACCAUUUCACAGUGCACGCGCCCUGAGAAACGCCUUCCCCCACAACCGAAGAACAGCACCGUAACACGCAGCCACUAGCUAAAGGCUUGCAAUGCGGAGACCUUUCCACCUUCCUCUGCCCUCUGCCCUCUGCCCUUGCACACACCGUGUGCUGCUGCCCGCAGCCUGCAUGGUCACCAAGGGCCUGGAGAAGCCUCCCGAGCCUGCUCGCCCCACUGAGCAGCCGGUUUUUUCCAUCGGCCAUUGAGUGGGUUUGGCAGGUCCCUGACCUGUGUGGGGGACAUGGCAGACCCAGACGCCAGACUCACGCUUGGGACAAGUGAGAAAGGACUGAGACAGCCAUUGCUGUCAGUAGGGCAGACCUUCUGAUUCUAGAGAGAAUUUGUUUUUCUGCUUUCUAGGGGAUUACAGGUAGGGUUUGAGGCCCACCAGGCAGAAGCAACUUGAGAACUAGCUGAACAUACGAGAACGAGGGACGUUCCAAAGCAGAAGUAAGCUUUAAUCACUCCGGGCUGUCUCGUAAAGGGCCCGGUGUGUUCACUUAUUGCUUAAUGGCAAUACAAAGGGUUUCCAGGAGUCAUGGCUUUUUCUGCGGUGUCAGCAAAUGCCACGAUUCUUAUUCUCCCACACCCCCAUUUUCUUUCAGUGAUUCGAGCUCUCUGGCCAGCGUGGUUUGGCCAGGGUCACUCACACUUGAGACUGUUGCUGAGCUGCUUCGUUUCAUGUUUACAAAGUACCCAGAGCGUCGUUCCUGCAGGAAUCGCGUGGCAUGUCCUGGGCUCCAGAGUCCCCUGUCGGCCUCUGGCAGCAAGUAGCUUCCGAGAGGACGUCACAUCUUCAGGGUAACCCCCACUGCAGGAUUCCUGGCUUUAGCAGAAGAGAGUGUCAGGAUUGGGAAGUCACGUUUAACUCUCACGGACUUCUGCUCCUUGAUUUCAUUUUGCCUCCACGAACCAGCGAUCCUGACCUCGAAGCGGGAAAUUCAGUUGUAGGUGGCAAAUAACUCCACCCUCCCAUAAUCCUGGUGAUUUUAACAACCCCAUGACCCCAGGUUACAGCCAGCAGUUUUGUGACUGGAGUUUUUUUGAGCCCCUCGUUCUCAGUGACAGCUCUGGUUCGGAGGUUGGGAACGGGGCAGCAGGGAAUCUGGCAACCAUGUUUGCUUGUGAUCACAUGGACUUGAGUCAUUUUUGUUAUUUGGGGUGGAAAAUUGAAAUGAUUUAAGUUUUUUUUUUUUUUUUUUUGCUUAGAAAAGCAAAUAUUGUGUUUUUGUAAUAAAUGCCUUUCAGCAAAAUUGUGGAGGGUCAUUCAUCCGGUAGGGACCCACCUGAGGCACAGUGCUGACAUAUCACAGUAGUGUGACUAGGUCAGCCUUCUGUAAACAAAGGUGGCACUAAUUGGCCCCAAAUGUGAUAAGACUCACUGGCCUCAGGCAGGCCCAGUCCAGUUCCCUGACUUCUCUGCACACUGGUCUCCAGAUUUCCAUCUAAAGCAAAGCUGAUGUUUAUAGUCUCAUUGAGUAGGUUUUUGUACUUUAAAAAAUAUUAAUUUCGCAAAACGAUGACUUUUUAAAAAUAGUCAAGCCUUCAGCAGACAGAAGCAAGGAAAUUUAGCCUGGGCGAAUGACUGUCAAAAGUGUCUUCAGCCGUUAAGCCUGUAGCUCCUAAAAGCCACAGGUUGUUGGGGGCGCCGGGGGUGGGGGUGGGGUGACCCUUGACUUUGUGAUGUGCGCUGAUUGAUCAGACCCUUAGCCUUACAAAUGAGAUCACGCAGAUCCAAGAGCCAUGCAAAUCCAGUCUUCCUGACCUUCCUCAGGUGGUCCCGCCUGUGCUCCGCUGACCUGUUGUAUUCGUAUCACGUGGAGGUUUGCUGAAUCCUUUGAAACUUACUGUGAUGUUGUGUUUGUAACUGUGUUACAUUUAUUACCAUAUCUACUGAAGGGGAAUGCCCGCGUCUGAAGGGAAAUUCAACAUGAAACAACCAUCGUUUUAGUUGCACUCAUUAUCUAUGUAUGACAUACACAUGAAGUGAAUGUUUUCUUAUGUUUUCAGGUCUACAAUGUUUAGUAAAUGUAAAUAAGGAAAAAAUUUGAUAAAUAUGGUAAAUUAAGUUAUAGUAUGUCAUUUGAUUCUUAUUUUGCUGUCUCUUAUUUAAUUUCCCUGAGGCUGCACACCUAGGUGCGUGCUUAGGUGGUAGAGAGCUUCACGCGGAGCCCACCGGUGCAGGUGUGUACGUGUGCGCCAAGGCACGUGCCGGGAAAGCACACGGCCCCACUGACAGCCGCCACUUGACCCUCCAGUUAACCUUCUUCUCCUCUUUAACUCUGACUUACUGUGAUGAUUUAAUAAAGCGGAAACACAGCACUUAGGUGCUAUAUGUUUCUUUCAUUCUCAUUAUAGUUUGUAGGAAAAUAAAGUUUACCCUGGUGUCUAAUAAAAAGGUGGUUUGCAUUUUUUAA